AAUAACGCUUCACUACCAUAUUGUUUAUAGAGCUAUAACAUUGUCAUUGUAGGCUGAUUUUGUAGCCAUUUCUGUGGCAAGAGUGUAGUGAAGAGCACGUAAAAUGUACUGGGGAAUUAGCCCUGCAUUGGACCUGCAGCAGGAGUAUAUUAAGCACGGCGACAGAAAUGCAUAUGAACUUAAUUUUCUCGUCAUCGGAGGCUGCGAUGCGAGACACCUCAUCAAAACACUGGCGCAAGCGUACCGACACAAGAGAAGGUACAUGAAUCUGUUCGUUGUGGAUGGUUGUCCUGAACUUAUUGCACGUCAACUGCUUCUUCUUUCCUUGGCCUUGGAACGAACGACACGAUGCGGCUUGCUGGAGAAAACGAGACGCUUCCUCGAAGUUUACGGCAAUCUCUUACUUCGACCAACAACCUCCCGGUAUCUAAGCGGGAAAUCUCGCCAAUUGGUUGAAAUGAUCACUAACCCAGAAUACAUGAGCUGUCUUGUACCUUCCGUGUCUAUAGACCAGAUGAAGUACCGAGAACGCGAUUAUAUGGAGAAUCUUUUCAACUUCUGGACCACAGGUAACACAAACCAAUUUAACGCCUGUGAACUUUGGGAGCACCGUCUACGUCAUAGCCUCGGCGUAAGGUACGACAAUAGAUCAGGAGUUUUCGAUUGGGACUAUCACAUGCGUGUAAAAGAGAUUGCCAGCCAAAUUUGUUUCCAGGAAUAUAAGCACUUUAGAGAGCAUGGGAUUGCUUACACUUGGUUAGAGACGGAAGUUUGCAGACCGAACGUAAGUUUUGCUGCAGGCGUUUACAAAUGCGGUGAUAGAUACUUACACAGGGGAUAUCUGGGAGAUAUGGUGAGCUCACCGUACUUGGCGUAUGGACUAGACUGUGAAGACAAAGACAUGUUGAAAUCGACUCAUGGCGUUAACUACAAACGCGCCACAGAUAUUUCCGAACGUAAUUUAUUGAGGAUGUUUUAUGAGUUGGAGAAUCGACAGGCGUUUGAUGUAAAUGCGUUUAACUUGGAUAAUCAACAGAACCUGGGCAUGGUGAGGUUGAGUCAACUUGACGCGAAGAUUUCUGAGAGUGGUCAUGAAGCUCCGUUGAUUUUGCGAGAGGAUCGCGACACGUAUAUCGAUGUGGAUUUUGGUAAAGUUCAUUUUCUAUCGCUGUCUGCGUUGGAACACUACCCGCACAAGCCGCACUUUCAGGGACUGUUUCAUGGUGUGUUCGUUGGCCAUAACAUGCUCUCCCGUUUGAAGCCUAGUGUAUGGUCGAUGGCUCGUGAUGAUGCUGUAGUGCUGAUGGAGUCUCGCAAGUAUAUGGUUGGGUUGAAGCGAGAUGAUGUAAAGUCAUACGGAGAGCUAAUUCAACAAGCGGCUACGACAGCGCAAUGCGAUAAAAUUACAAGUUUUAAUCCGGAAAAAGAUGAUUUUGCCAAAUUUGUUAUAAGGAGAAAAAGUGAGAGCACUGAUAUAUCACUUUAAUGUAAU